GCCUGGGCGGCUAUGAGAGUCAAAAACAAGGCUAACCGAGGGAAGGAGGGAGUACAUGCUCAGGGAAACCGAAACCACUAUCUCCACAAGGCAGUUAAUGAGGAGAAACUGAAGCGGCCGCUCUCACACAUGCAGGCGUGGGAGAUCGCCCAUACGCGGAAGGACCCCAAGCCUGGCGAGCCCAAGUACUACGGCAAGAAGACCGCGGGGAGGAAGAAGGCCUACUCCGAAGGGUAUCUGGCGUUACAUCCUGACACACCUGACCCCAUUGCGGCGGAUCUGGACGAAAGGGUGGUGGUGGGCAUGGGGCCGAAGGAGCACGGUCGGGAGGCGGUUCUCGAUGCUGUGGUCACUCCGUCUAUCUCCUACACACAGCUCCGUCGGAUCGACCCGACCCUGAGCCAGCGCACGAGCACGCGCAUGAGCAGUGCACCGUCACUGUCCCUCUUUCAGGAGCAGCAAACUGUAAGUAUUUUCCCUUUUAUCUUCAUUGUUCCCUUUAUUUUCCGCAUUUAG